CCGGGGGGCCGGAGGGGCUGGGGCUGGGGCUGGGGCUGGCGCGGGGGAGCCGGGCCCGGGGCUGGAGCCCCGUCCCCUGCGUCGGUGUUUCCAGCCAGCCCCUGGGUCUCUCCGCGCCCCAGACCCGCCUCUGCCAGUGAAGCCCCCACAGUGCCUCGUGGGGCAGGAGCGGCGCCCAGGGGCCUCUGCCAGCUCCUGCCCGUUGCUCUCUCUUUGGGGCCCCCGGCCCGCCGCGAGGGACCGCCGCGCUCCGCUGGGCUGAGAGUUGAAGCGCGAGUGCUGCCUGGGCACCCUGCAGCCUGACCUCCAGCCUCAUUGUGGCUGUGGUCAGUCCUUGACCUGCAUCUCACGGUUUCGUCCUUGAAUGUCCCCCUUACACCCUGAGCUCCAGCUUUAACCCAGAGCAGGCUUCAGUCUCCUACCUGCCCAUGGCUCGUCCAUCUGCCUGAUCCGGCACCGUGGGUCCAGGUACAUAGCUCUGCCCUUGGGCUCGUGAUGGAUGGACCGCCUGGUAGGAUGCCUGUGUCCCUGUGAAGGCUGCACCCUGGCCUGCCUGGAGAGGAAAACCUGAUACUAUGGAGGGGGAAGAAAGGCAUGGCACUCCUGGCAUGGAGGAUUCAGACCAGCGGCUGGUUCUUGGUAUGAACGAGAGGGAUGGACGACAGACGCCUCCCGGACAGCUACGGACAUCUGCAGAGGAGGGUCAGAAGCCGGGGACACCUAUCCCUGAAGACGUCUGCAGUGGGGAAAGUGCCAAGACACCUCAGAGAGGUGGGGAAGAGGAGGAAGAAGAGCUGGACCCCAGAAUACAGGAGGAGCUGGAACACCUCAACCAGGCCAAUGAGGAAAUCAACCGUGUGGAGCUGCAGUUGGAUGAUGCUAGAACCACAUACCGCAGGAUCCUCUCUGAAUCUGCUAGAAAGCUGAAUGCACAGGGCUCACAGCUGGGUAACUGCAUCGAGAAAGCGCGGCCCUACUAUGAGGCACGUCGCCUGGCCAAGGAGGCCCAGCAGGAGACGCAGAAGGCAGCACUGCGUUACGAGCGGGCAGUCAGCAUGCACAAUGCUGCCCGCGAGAUGGUCUUUGUGGCUGAACAGGGCGUCAUGGCAGACAAGAACCGGCUGGACCCCACCUGGCAGGAGAUGCUCAACCAUGCCACCUGCAAGGUGAAUGAGGCAGAGGAGGAGCGGCUGCGCAGCGAGCGGGAGCACCAGCGCGUUACCCAGCUAUGUCAGCAGGCUGAGGCCAAGGUGCAGGCCCUGCAGAAAUCCCUCAAGCGUCUCAUUGUCAAGAGCAAGCCCUACUUUGAGCUCAAGGCCCAGUUCAACCAGAUCCUGGAGGAACACAAGGCCAAGGUGACAGGGCUGGAGCAGCAAGUCUCCCAUGCCAAGAUGCGCUACUCGGUGGCGCUGCGCAAUCUGGAGCAGAUCAGUGAGCAGAUCCAUGCCCGGCGCCUGCAGCGCCUUGUUGUGCGCCGUGCCUCGCCAGUGGGAGCUGAGGCCAGCCCUCUCUAUUUGGGGGCAGAAGGGGGUGCCCGGCUGGGGGCCGAGUGCCCCCCUGCAGACACGCUCUCGGUGCUCAGCCUGCAGACCAUCGCUUCUGACCUGCAGAAGUUCGACUCAGUAGAGCACCUGCUUGGCCUGUCUGAUGCCACCAGCCUCAACAGUGAUGAGAUGGAGGAGCGGGAGCAGCGCCGGGCCGGGCACAGCCAAUUCAAGCACCACCGCAGCAUCAGUCUCUAACCUCCCUGCCCUGCUGCCUCACCCUGUUCCUUCCCCUCAGGUUGCCUGGAUGGAAGGGAUGUGGGGUCCAGGCAGGAAGGGGUCAUUGCGGCUGGCUCUGGAGAGGCCAUAUGACAUAGGAGCUAGUGCUCUGCAGCCUCCCUACCAUGUUAAGCCACGGUCUCCAGAGACUUUACCUCCCAGGGUCCACUGCUGGCCCUGCCUGAGCUGUGUCCUGGAGGCUGUUAGCUCCAUCUUAUCACAUCCUCUGGGUCCUCCAUGGCAGGGCUUUGGUUAGAGCCUGCGUGUCCUUUUAUUGCAGCUGAGUCACCUGCAGGCUGUGGCCACCUGGGUCUGGGAACGUGGCAGGCUAGGAGCUGCAGUCUCCCUGCACUACUGUGUGUCCAGAGCAGACAGUACCAGCACUGCUAGUUUUUACGCACGCUCCUUGUGGCUCUGGUGUCACUAGCCUUGCUGGCCAUGUCAUGGCUCUGUGGGGGAAGGGGGGAGGGCAUUGGUGGGCUGAAAUAUGCUGCUGCCAGAUACACUACAUCUGAUCAAUGUGGGGAACAGGGAUGGGCAAGUCUGAGCAGGUGUAUCCCCAUGGGGAUACACCCAGGCUCCAAGCUGUAGGACAAGGGAUGAACUGAUAUCUGCCCUCUUACCUGCUGCCCUGCUUUAGCCCCUGAACAAGGUGCAUGCUCUGUUCACAGGGAAAGGGGGUCCAGUAGCAGUGACCUUGACAUACAGCAGUGGCCUGUAGACCUUGCCCUUCCCUGGCCCACCCUGGGGACUCACGCCCUCUUUCCAGGACCUCUGUGGCCCUUGCUGGGGUGGGGAGAGGGAAGAGUCCUGUGUGCAGGAUUCACCCUCUUCUUGCAUAGCUGCUCAGUACAUUGCAGUGUACUGGGGAACCUGGGAGGGCCAGCCCCUGCCCUGAGAAUAUUGGUGCUUAGUGCCCUAGGUUGCUCUCCUUGUGGCAGAGAGUACAGAGGUAGCCAGCAUAAAAAUCACAGCCUUCAGCAGUGCUCGAGGGCACCAGGGCUCAAAGCCACCUAUGGACCUUUCAGCCAAGCGCCUUUGCCAAUGAGGUGGGCAGGCGCAGGUCCCCUGGGGGGCAGUUCUUCACCCCCCCUGGGAUGCAAGCUGAUGCCAAAUGGCCUUUAUCCUUCCCUAACCCUGUCCCAUCUCCCCCCAAGGUCACAAUUCCUACUCCAGUCCUCCUUCCUGCAAAGAGACAAGUACUGUCCAAGCUGCGUGAAACUCGAUUUGCACUAGUGGGCUGCAGGGAGGGGGACAGCGGGGUGUCAACUGGGCUGGGAGUUUCCUGGGCACUGCCACCCACGCUGUCCUGGAAGUCAGGGCUGCCUCCUCUCUGUGACGGGUGCCCCUCUUUAUGGGGGGCUGUUGCUGCUGCUGCCGCCGCUGUGGCCUGAUGUGUUGGUGUACUGUGGCUGUGAUGAAAACUGAUGGUUUGAGGCAGCCCAGUGACUGUGUGUGAGUGAGCGGCUGUGCUGUGUAUUUUAUUUAAAGUAAAGUUUACGCCCCAGAGAA